AGAAGAGUUAUAAUUGACGGCACCCUCCCUUUAUGAUGUUUAAGUUUAGCGAUAUGCGUUGCCGAUGUCGCGACGGACUUUGCCGGCUUCCCUACCGCUGACAUUGUCGCAGACAGCGCAAUUGUAAACCAUGAGCGGCAAACCACAAUCUUCUAGUCGGCUACAAAAGCUGCUGAAUCUCCUUGAGACCGGCACCUCUGAAGCAACUAGGAAGGCCGCAGCGAAACAGCUUUCUGAAAUAGCCAGGGCCCACCCUGAUCAGGUGCUCUCUACGGUGCAGAAGGUUCACGCUUAUCUCUACCACAAGAGCUGGGAGACCAGGGUAGCAGCCGGUGAAGCGCUUGCGUAUUUGGCGGACAUCUUCGUGCACCAUACUCCCGAUGACUUGCAUCGACAUGCGCUUGCUUGUGGUGAGGAUGCGGAGGCGCUCACUCAGGCGAUGGGGCCGGACGCGCCCCUCGCGUUCAGCAACUUCAGCCUCCAGCAUGUCCUCGAAAGGGGCACACCACUGGGAGCCUCGGGAGGCCAGGAGUUUGACCUAGUAUUAGACCCGGGGCUGCCGCCCAAGGCGCGGCUGGCAGCCCAGCGAGAAGUCCUCAAAAAGCGGCUCGGACUGGAUCGCGACAUGGGACUGGACGCAGAUGCGCUGUUUGGUGACGAGGACUUGGAGGCAGCUGAGGAGCUGUACGGAGGAGCAGGGGGAGGAGGAGGGCGCGGAGGAGCCGGGGCAGGAGCAGCAGGGGUUCAGCGCAGCGGCGGCAGCAUGUCUGGCAAGCAGCAGCAGCAGCAGCAGGUGGCAGCACAGGAGCUGCUGCGGAGUAUGGACAUGGAGAAGCUUUCGGCUAGGGAGCGCAACAGGCUGAAGCGGAAGG